AUGACAGGUCAAGUGCUGGUUGAGAGUGCAGACCUGACGGUCCACAGGCUGUCAGUGAAGACGUGCAUGGAGGACGAGUCCGACCGGGCCGAGAGCAUAAUGAGUCGCAGGCCCUCUGUGUUUGAUGACACCUCCUCAGAGCUCCAGAGGGUGGGAGUCAUUGAGCCUCGUGGUCUGCAUUCCCAAAACUCUUUCCGUGGACGAGGAGCACUGUCCAGGUUGGUGAGUAUGGUGGUGACGCUGCGGGACUGGGCGCAUAAGAGUCUCCACGAGGAGGAGGAGCGGCCGGACUCCUUCCUGGAGCGCUUCAGGGGCCCCGAGCUCCAGAUGGCCCCCAGCCGGAUCAGCACCACCGCACCCGACCCGGACGGCUCCAACAGCAACGUCAAAGUCAAGAAGAAGUCAGAUGUUUUCGUCAUGGCCCCUGCAGAUGAUCUCUAUUACCGCUGGCUCUUUGUCAUUGCUGCCGCUGUGCUUUACAACUGGUGCCUCCUAGUGGUCAGGUCCUGCUUCGAUGAGCUCCAGACCUAUAACUACAUCCUGUGGCUGGUGAUGGACUAUGUUUCAGACGCCGUCUACAUACUGGAUGUGUGUGUGAGGCUACGCACAGGAUUCCUGGAGCAGGGCUUGCUUGUUAAGGACCUCACCAAGCUGAGGGACCGGUAUGUGCGCACUAUGCAGUUUAAGUUGGACGUGAUCUCCAUCCUUCCCACAGACCUGGCGUACAUCGCGCUGGGAAUCCACACCCCUCUCCUUCGCUUCAACCGGCUGGCGCGCUUCUCGCGCAUGUUCGAGUUCUUCGACCGCACGGAGACGCGCACCAAUUACCCCAACAUGUUCCGCAUCUGCAAUCUGGUGCUCUACAUCCUGGUCAUCAUCCACUGGAAUGCCUGCAUCUACUUUGCCAUCUCGAAGUCGCUGGGCUUCGGGUCAGACCAGUGGGUGUACCCCAACAUCACAGACCCAGAGUUUGGGACCCUGACCCGGUGUUACGUCUACUGUCUCUAUUGGUCCACCCUGACACUCACGACCAUCGGCGAGAUGCCUGCCCCAGUCCGCGAUGAGGAGUACCUCUUUGUCGUCUUCGAUUUCCUCGUAGGGGUGCUUAUAUUUGCCACCAUUGUCGGUAACGUUGGCUCCAUGAUCUCCAACAUGAACGCCACGCGAGCUGAGUUCCAGGCGCGCAUCGACGCGAUCAAGCACUACAUGCAGUUCCGCAAGGUCAGCAAGGAGCUCGAGGCCCGUGUCAUCAAGUGGUUCGACUACUUGUGGACCAACAAGAAAACGGUGGAUGAGCAGGAGGUGCUGAAGAAUCUGCCCAACAAGCUGCGGGCCGAGAUCGCCAUCAACGUGCACCUGGACACGCUGAAGAAGGUGCGCAUCUUCCAGGAUUGCGAAGCGGGCCUGCUAGUCGAGCUGGUCCUCAAGUUGCGGCCCCAGGUCUUCAGCCCGGGGGACUACAUCUGCCGCAAGGGCGACAUCGGCAAAGAGAUGUACAUCAUCAAGGAGGGACGUCUGGCAGUGGUGGCCGACGACGGCAUGACGCAGUACGCCCUCCUGACCUCGGGCAGCUGCUUCGGCGAAAUCAGCAUCCUCAACAUCCGCGGGAGUAAGAUGGGCAACCGCAGGACGGCCAACAUCCGCAGCAUCGGCUACUCGGACCUCUUCUGCCUGUCCAAAGACGACCUGAUGGAGGCCGUCAUGGAGUACCCCGACGCCAAGAAGGUCCUGGAGGAGCGGGGCCGCGAGAUCCUGCAGAAGGAGGGCCUCCUGGAGGAGCUGAGCGGGGGCCUGGGCGCGGAGGAGAUGGAGGAGAAGGUGGAGCGGCUGGAGGCGGCGCUGGACACCCUGCAGACGCGCUUCGCCCGGCUCCACAGCGAGUACACGGCCACGCAGCAGCGGCUGAAGCAGAGGCUGACCGCGCUCGAGCGGCAGCUGCGCUACAUGGGCAGCGGCUUCCUCUCGGACGGCAACGAGAGCACGCUCGACGGAGACGGAACGCACAGCGAAGUUAACAUUCACCUCUGA